AUUUUUAUGUCAAUUCUGUACAACACUUUGCUUCUUUACUUGUUUCAACUCUGUGCAUCCUCUUUUCAUUAUCUUCAGCAAAACACAUUUUCCAAUUUCAUUCGAGAGGUAAUGACAAUCUCUGCUGCUUGUUCAAUCUCCAUGUGGUUAGCUCCUGCGGGGAUUCCAGAGAAAAUAAAUGGAACUCGGUAGGCAGCAACCCCUUUCAUGAGGUAAACAAUACCUCCCAACGAUGGAUGAACCCCAUCACGAUGUCACCUCAGGUCCUCAGGCGUCAAUCAAGUAACAUACCGCCGCCCCAGAGACUCUCAAAGAGGAUGAGGGCCGCAAUCAAUUCCCUGAAACGCUGUGCCCUCAUCCUACCGCUGCUCUGCCGCCUCAACGCUGCGGGUGGUAUGUUGGAGCUCACUGCCUCCCGACCUUUGACGUGAAGCUCCUCCAAGUAUCAUUGGUUCUGGAGAACUAAAUUGGGGUCUUGUUGCCUGAUAUGUUGCUUUUUGGACGAGAAUGGGGAGCACAGCCUGGAGAUCCGCUUCGGUUGGUAGUUGAUCUAAAGAUAUGGAGGGGCAGUGAGUCAACCUUGUUGCUUUUGGGUGGUGGGUUGAAAGGGUUAUAAUACGAUUGAUUUCCACUCUUUCUCUGUCUCUCGCUUCUCUUUUAUUGAAGGCUGUUUAAGUCGUGAUCCAUUAUUCCUCCGAAUUACAUUAUUUUCAUUUAUCCCCUUGAAGAAAAUUAUUUUGUAUACACAUCGAUACUCUUAAUAUCCAUUCAUCAUGAUCGUAACACUCGCAGCCCGAGGUUUUCAAGUAAGCUCUCCAUAUUUAUACCCUUCAAGAUGCAUCACUAACACCCUACUCUCCAGCUCCUCUUCGCGGCCGUAGUCCUAGGACUCUCAGUCUCCCUCAUCACGGGCUUCGGUCCCACCUCCCUUGGAGGAAAUAAAGACAAGAUGCCUGAGAGCACUCUAAUAAUCUACGGAGCCUUUUGUGGUGCUCUAGGACUACUAGUGUCACUCAUCGGCAUAGCAGCUUGUUUCGUAGAAGCUAUCCAAGGGAUCAUCAUCCUCGCGCUGGACGGCUUAUCAGCAUUUUUCUUCGCCGCAGGGGGAAUCGUAAGCCCUUGCACCCAUUCCCGUUUCAUUUCAUUCUCUAACGUGAGGUUAUCUAGGCAUUCGCAGUCAAAACCGGGGUAGGAUCCUGCUCUGACGGCCGCCUAAGCCUCGAUACAUAUCUAAACAAACACGUGAACCUUUUCCGCCCCUCACAACUCAAGUUCACCAACGAUUCGUCCAGGAAAGAUAUCUUCAAUGAACUCACGAGUCGGUGUCGGAUGGUACAAGCCGAUACCGCAUUUAUUUGGCUGAUGUUCGGGAUGGUCGUGGUAACCGCUGCUCUUAGCAUCUUUGGCAAAUCCGGGAAGCGCGGUGGUGCGAUUGUCUAGUCGAAUUCUGACUCCAUGUACUGUACUUUGCAAGUUAAAAGCAGAAGGUGAAUGAAGGGAUAGGAAGGAGUUUGGAGUUGACGAUUGAGACUUGGUCUAUAUUUACUUUGACAUUGAGCGUUGCAUACAAAAGCAUUCAUUACUAUUCCAUGGAAGCUGGACUGCCUGCCUCACCUAGCACUACAUC